AUGGGCGGUAUAGGUAAAACAACCAUAGCUCAAUUUAUAUUCAAUAAAUAUUCCUCAGAGUACGAAGGUUGUUGCUUCUUGAAAAAUGUCGGAGAAGAAUCAGAAAGACAUGGUCUGGAUUAUUUGUGUGAGCAACUUGUUUCUCAACUACUAAAGAAACAAAAUAUCCCUGUAAGAGGAUCAGCCAACCCCAUAUCUGUCUGUGAUCACAAAAGUUUGAGUGGGAAAAAGUUUUUUAUAGUACUUGAUGAUGUGGAUGCAUCAAGGAAAUUAGAGUAUCUUGGUGAACAACUCACUUUGGGAGCAGGUAGUAGAGUCAUCGUAACAACUGCAGACAAGCAGAUAUUUAAAAAAGUGCAUGGAAUAUAUGAGGUCCGGCCGUUGAACUUUUCAAGCUCCCUUCAGCUGUUCUGCUUAAAUGCCUUUGGCCAUGCUUCUCCUAAAAUUGGUUAUCAAGAACUUUCUAAAAUGGUGGUUAACUAUGCCAAAGGCAUUCCAUUAGCGUUAGAAGUUUUGGGUUCUUUUUUACGCUCAAGAAAAAGCAUACGAGUCCGGGAAAGUGCGCUGGAAAAACUCAGGGUUCAUCCCAAUAAGGUCGUUUACAAUGUCUUGAAAUUGAGUGUGGAUGAACUAGACUAUCAUGAGAAAAUUAUAUUUCUUGAUAUUGUAUUCUUUUUCAAAGGAAAAAAUAAGGAUGAAGUCUCAUGUUUUCUGGAGUCUUGUAAAUUAUUUGGAAGCAUUGGAAUAGACAGCCUCCAAGAUAAGGCUCUUAUAACUAUUUCACCGCUGAACAAAAUUGAAAUGCAUGAUCUGAUAGAACAAACGGGUUUGGAAAUUGUUUUCAAUGAAUCACCUAACGACCUCAAAAAGCGUAGCCGAUUGAGGAAUCCUGAGAAUGUCAGGAAUGUAUUGGAAGAUAGUGAGGGAGAAAAAUCAGUUGAAGGCAUUUUGUAUAACUUGUCUGAAUCUGGAGAUCUACACUUAAGUGCAAACACCUUUAAAAAUAUGCCUCACCUAAGGUUUCUUAGGUUUUAUGGUGCUUGGCAUGGAAGAAAAUCGAAUGUAUACGUUGAAACAACCCUGGAGCCGUUUUCUGCUAAACUCAGAUAUUUGGAGUGGUGUGAUUAUCCUCUGAAUUCUCUACCAUCAAGGUUUUGUGCAGAGGUUACAGUCAAAUUUCGAAACUCUGGGAUGGAAAGCAGGGAGGCUCUUGAUUCUCAAUUAGGUCUCUGCAAUCACGAAUUCCUGGAUGUAAAACAAUAAAUCUUGUGGGGUGUGAAAAACUAUGUGUCACGGCCCAAUAUGAAUCAUGACCGGUGCUCAGGAAAAUAGUCUCUUAGCAGGCCUAAACCGACUCAAAUAUAAGUUGAAUAAGAAAGUCAUAAAUAUCUUACAAGUUCUAAAAUAAAUAGUUAUAUAUUUUUAACAAAAAUAAAAUAAUUACAAAUGGUUGAA